UCACUCUCACACCUCACAAGAUCUCACCUUGUCUUUCUCUUCAACAAUUCACAUGUCCUCCUCUCCCCAACAAAUGAAAUCAUCUCCAGACCUCACUUCCUUACCUUAGUUCUCACUCAUUCCCUUUAUCUCUCUAAAAGGUCCCAUCUUUCUCCUCUACACGACCGCAUUAGCACUUCUCUCUAUAAAGCUCCAAUCUUUUUCUCUGAAAACAUCCAUUUCCUUCAAAACCCAUUUUGCAUUUCCUUGAAAGAGUCCAUUGAGAAUGAGUUCACAAGCACCCAAAUCAAGUAAACCAUCAAAACCCCAGAACCAAAACCAACCCACAUCAAGAUCCUCCUCUUUAUCAACCCAUUUGGCCAUGGUUGAACUCAAGCAAAGAAUCAUAACUAGUCUCUCUAAACUUGCAGACCGCGACACUCACCAGAUCGCCCUUGAAGACCUUCGCACAAUAACAGAAACAAUCUCUCCUGAUUCAUUACCACUGUUACUAAACUCUCUCUAUGACUCACUUUCUGAAUCCUCCAAUUCAAAACCCUCUGUGAAGAAAGAAUCUUUACAUUUGCUUUCUCUUGCCUGUCAAUCUCAUAGAGAUUUAACACUACCCCAUUUGACAAAAAUCAUUUCUUGCAUUGUUAAGAGGCUUAAAGAUUCAGAUUCUAGUGUUAGAGAUGCUUGUAGGGAUGCUAUUGGGGUUUUAUCAGGGUUGUAUUUGAAGGGUAAUGGUAGCUGUGGGGAUAGUAAUGGUGGGGGGCCUAUGGUGGGUUUGUUUGUGAGGCCUUUGUUUGAAGCAAUGGGAGAGCAAAAUAAAGUUGUGCAAUCUGGUGCUGCUAUAUGUAUGGAAAAAAUGGUGGAGUGUGCUUCUGUAGACGGGGAUAAUGGUGGUGGUAAUGUGCCAAUUGGAGCAUUUUAUAAGCUGUGUCCAAGGAUUUGUAAGUUGUUGAAUGGACAGAUUUUCCAGGCCAAAGCAGCUUUAUUGGGGGUUGUAACGAGUUUGUCCCAGGUGGGAUCAAUUGCACCACAAGGCUUGGAACCAUUGUUACAAAGCAUUCAUGACUGCCUCAGGAGUACAGAUUGGGCAACUCGUAAAGCUGCAGCUGAUGCUUUAACUGCCUUAGCAUUGCAUUCGAGCAGCUUGAUUGCAGAUGGAGUUGCUAUUUCUACGCUGACUGUGCUUGAGGCUUGUCGUUUUGACAAGAUAAAACCUGUCAGAGAUAGCAUGACAGAGGCCUUGCAAUUGUGGAAGAAGAUUGCUGGGAAAGGAGAAGGUGUCCCUGAUGAUCAGAAAAGUUCCUCUCAGGAUGGAGAGCAUCAUGACUCAGCAGAGUUGUCAGAUAAGAAUUCAAAUCCUAGUGACCGAAGAAAGGAGUCAUUCUCUAGGGAUGCAUCCAAUGGUACUUCUCCAACCAAAGAUUCAGCAUUAAAAAGCAAAGGUGGAAGCAUUCCUGACAAAGCAGUUGUAAUAUUGAAAAAGAAAGCUCCUGCCUUAACAGAUAAAGAAUUAAACCCAGAAUUCUUCCAGAAAUUUGAAAAAAGGGGUUCUGGUGAUUUGCCAGUCGAAGUAAUAGUUCCUCGUAGAUGUCUCAAUUCUUCAAAUUCAAACAAUGAGGAAGAAUCAGAACCAAAUGAUUCUGAAUCAAGGGGAAGGUCAAACCGCAUGGGAAACAGCCAAUCAGAUGAUAUUCAUGGAGCUUUCAACAACAAAUUCCGUACCAUGGAGAGAGGAGUUACUGGAAAAGAUUUAAGAACCAGAGCAUUUGAUGAUGAGAGGCUUGACAUAAACCAGAGGGAGUCUUCUGGCAGUCGUGCAGGUUUCUCCAAAUCUGAUGGUCAAUCUGAAGGAUCCUUUGUAAAUAAUAAAGGAAAUUGGUUGGCCAUCCAGAGACAGUUAUUACAGCUGGAGAGACAACAGGCUCAUGUCAUGAACAUGUUGCAGGACUUCAUGGGUGGGUCUCACAACAGCAUGGUAACUUUGGAAAACAGAGUUAGGGGUCUUGAGAGAGUUGUUGAAGACCUGGCACAUGAUUUGACAAUAUCAUCAGGUCGCAGAGGUAACAGCUUUACUAUGGGUUUUGAGGGAUCUUCUAAUAGACCUUCAGGGAAGUAUAAUAGCUUCUCUGACUACUCUAGUACCAAGUACAAUGGGCGGGUCCCUUCUGGGGAAAGGUUUUCCCAAUUGGAUGUUACAGCUCCAGGCAUGAGAGGAAGGGGCUCUCACUGGAGAUCUGAUGCAUCUGAUGCUUGGGAUUUUCCCACAUAUGGUGCUUCCAGGAAUGGACAGGCUGGUUCAAGGAGAGCUCCAGGUGGUGGUUCUUUGGAUGUCAGAUCACCUAGAUCAGAACAUGAAAGUGAUCAGUUAGGCAGCAGGAGAGCUUGGGAUAAAGGGGCUGGACCUGUUAGGCAUGGCGAGGGACCUUCUGCUAGAAGUGUCUGGCAAGCCUCAAAGGAUGAAGCUACCUUAGAAGCCAUUCGGGUGGCUGGAGAGGACAGUGGGUUAGCUCGGACAGCUAGAGUGGCCAUCCCUGAGAUGACUGCAGAAGCUUUGGGAGAUGAUGAUUUUGGGCAAGAAAGGAACCCUAUCUGGACAUCUUGGAGUAAUGCAAUGGAUGCCCUCAAAAUGGGUGACAUGGAUACAGCUUUUGCUGAAGUAGUGUCCACGGGGGAUGAUCUCUUGCUUGUGAAGCUUAUGGACAGAUCAGGUCCUGUUAUUGAUCAACUUUCCAAUGAGACUGCAUGUGAGGUCCUGAAUGCUAUUGGUCAGUUUCUAAUGGAGCAGAACUUGUUUGAUAUAUGUCUGUCUUGGAUUCAGCAGUUGGCAGAAAUUGUGUUAGAAAAUGGAUCAGAUGUCUUUGGCAUUCCCAUGGAACUGAAGAAAGAUCUUUUGUUGAAUUUGCAUGAAGCUUCUACCUCGAUGGAGCCCCCAGAAGACUGGGAAGGUGCGGCACCUGACCAGCUUUUGUUGCAGAUGGCAUCAGCCUGGGGAAUUGAAAUACAACAGUUUGAGAAUUGGAAGGAUGCUGGUUAAGGAGAGACUUCAGAGUUCAUACACACGCGUGUGUGGUUCUUGAACAGAUAAACAGCUGCAAAUUACCGUAACUAUUUUUCAUAAAAUUCGGGUCAAUCUUUUACAUGCUUGAUGCAAUUGCACUAGUACUAACUCCUAAACUCACCACUCACUAGAGAUUUUACAGGUUGCUUAAAAUAGCAUCUAUAUAUAAAGGACAACUUCAUUCAUCGUCCUCACCAUGCAUGUGAGAUUUGAAGAUGCCACCGAAGCAGGACAAAAAAACAGCCUCGCCUAUUCAUGGCCAAAACAGUGCAGAUACAUCAUGAAAUGCAGCAAUUUGACUUCAUGGUAGCUGACUAGCUGUAUUGAGAACGGCUCAUGGAGCAAAAUAGUUCCAAGAAUGGAAUCUGCCUUGACAUCGAAAAUGUGAACUCUGCUGGAAUAGAGCUCCAUUCUCAAGGUAGGAGAAACCUCAAAAUAGCAUUUCUCAAAAUGGCGCCAUAUACCUACUUGGCGGAAUACCAGUUUUGAGCACACUUUGCAUCAACAGCUAGGUCCACUUUAAGAAAAUUCUUGCCACCAAAGGGCUUGGACAUGCAAUCGACAACUAUGGCCUUGGCAACCUCAGCUGACUCGGUUGGUCCUUCCAAAAUCACUUCAUCAUGAACCUGUGUUUUUUAUAAUGGCAUGCUGUUAUGUAAUGGCAUGAAAAAUCCUUGAAAGAAGGUAACUAAACACUACAGUUGAGACAACUUGGUUCAAAUCAAAGGUAGAAAUUAAGAUAUAA